GAUUUAUCAUCUCUGAACUUCUAAACACGUCGGAGUUUCAACUUCACGAUUUACAUUCAGACAUGAUCUGGAUUAAUCCGACUGGAUUUAAUGUCGCGUGUGGAUUUACCUGAAGAUUUCUCGGUGCUGGAGUUGAAGACUCAGCAGCUCCAGCAUGCUGAUCCACUCACACAAGGCUUCUCUGGUCCCCCAAGUGAAAUGGAGUUAGCCUCACCCCCUGGAAAUUCAUCUGGCACUGUGCCAGCACUUCCAUUCUCCAGCCUGAGUGAGUUUGAGGGGCACAUGUCCCUGGCAUUACACACUGCUAAUGCUAAUGAUAACACUAGCCUGGACAAGCCAGCUGUGAGUGGGCCGAUAGUGGCCUCGCUGUCCAUGACCCUCGGUGUGCUCUCCAACAUUGUGGCACUACUAAUUCUGGCGAACUCCUACGCCCGCCUGCGGCGCCGCUCCAAGGCCGCCUUCCUGCUCUUCGCCACCUCAUUGGUGGCCACUGAUUUCAUGGGUCAUGUGAUCCCUGGUGCCAUUGUGCUGAAGCUGUACCUGUCAGAAGGAGUGCCCGCGACACAGUACGCCAGGCCGGAUGCUCUGUGCCAGUUCCUAGGGGGUAGCAUGGUGUUCUUUGGGCUGUGCCCUCUAUUUCUGGGCUGUGCCAUGGCAGCCGAGCGGUGCCUGGGGGUCACCAGGCCGCUGCUCCAUGCCUCUCUGGUCAGCGCAACGCGCACUAAAGUCUCUCUCUCCAUCAUCUGGCUGGCGGCGCUGUGCAUGGCGCUGCUGCCCUGUUUCCAUCUGGGCUCCUACAGCUACCAGUACCCAGGCACUUGGUGCUUCAUCAAGGUUCUGGAGGACACGGCAGAGGCCGACGUGGCGUUUGUGCUGCUUUUCUCCGGCCUCGGUUUGGGCUCUCUGGCCUUAGCGCUGGUCUGUAACACCACUAGCGGACUCACACUGCUGAUUGGCAGGAUGCGGAAGCAACGGUGUAACCGACAGAGGGCCAGAUCUCACGACAUAGAGAUGGUGGUGCAGCUGGUGGGCAUUAUGGUCACUUCCUGCAUCUGCUGGAGCCCUCUGCUGAUUUUCGGCCUCAUGUCUGUAACGCGGUCCUAUGAAGGCUCGGUUGGAGAUGACCUCGCCACCUACAGGAUGCUGAUGAUAACAGGAGUCCGUCUGGCCUCCUGGAACCAGAUUCUGGACCCGUGGGUGUAUAUCCUCCUCCGGCGGGCCGUCCUACGCAAGAUCUACCUCGUCACCAAACGACAGGUGGACCUGAGCAGCAUCCGCCGCUGGGAGCCCAACUCUCUCCACAGCGCUGAGAAAACCACUGUCAGUAAUCAUGUCUGACCACAGGGGGCGCUGUCAAAGAAAAACAUUGUCAGUAACCAUGCUUGACCACAGGGGGCGCUUUUUUGGGAAAACACUGUCAGUUAGCGGGUCUGUCCACAGAGGGCACUCUCUGUAGCUAAUCAGAGAAGCUUUGAAAAGCGUCUAAAGUUUGCUACGCGGCUGAUGUGGCUAACAAGUAAUGGAAGUUUAUGGCUCACCAAUUAGCACUGUGCUAAUUGCAUGAUUGAAUCAUCACACCUGUAAAAAAACACAAAAGCAUGUUAGCAUAGCUAAAACUGUAGCAGCCAUUCUGAAGUCUAAAUUUAGUUCAUAUUUAUAGAUAUCAGUGUCAUAAAGUGUCAGAUACCACCUAAUCAGUAAGUUUAUUACUCACUGAUGAGAUACUGAACAACUUCAAAUGUAUAUGACAUAUGCCUCCUGUUAGAACUAGAGUAAUGACCAUAAACCGCUCUAGUUUGCUACUUUGGCCUCAUAGCUUCAGUUCCAAAACUGAAGAAGCAGCUAAUUCAAAACCUGUGCAAACCGAAGUGGAAUAAAAUGGGCCAGUUUUCUGAUGUAGGUAUGGCCUAUUUCAGAUUUCAGACUUUAACGAAGCAAACCAUGAUGUAGUAAUGAAAUAUAUUAGCCUUCCACUAUAGCGUUUUAACCUGAUCUAGAAUCACCUUUUCUCUUUUUAAGCUAAUAUUUAGCACUGUAGUAGAUACUAUAAGAUGAAA